AAUCCAAAACCAUAACCCCCAAAAGAAAAGAAAAAUCAUUCCAAAAAAUUCCCAUUGGCUAAUCCUCCUUUAGGUGGCGUUUUCCACCACCCACCACCUGUCACCGCCCCAUAACCACUCUCUCACCACCCCAUCAAAAUUACCAAACCACCCUCCACCGCUAAUCAUAAAUGCAAAGCCCAUUAACAGUAAAUGAGUCAUGUCUGACUAACACUUCCACUAAACUCCUCCGAUUACAAACUCCAUCAUAUUUUGCAUUUCUAAAAUCAGCAUCAAACCCCAGAAAUUUGCGAAAAAGAGGAGAGAGAAAAUUCAAUCACACUAAUCUCACCACCACCACCAUAACUACUACUGUUAGGGCAAUGCCUGCUACUUGUUCGACCUCCAUUGAAGCAACUUCAGGUGGCAAUCUUCGUAACUUUAAGCAUACUGAAGCCUCUUUUCUCGCUUCUCUCAUGCCAAAGCGAGAGAUCGCCGCUGAUAAGUUUCUUGAUGCUCAUCCUCACUUCGAUGGCCGCGGCGUCCUCAUUGCUAUCUUCGAUUCGGGGGUGGAUCCAUCUGCGGCUGGUUUACAAGUAACUUCAGAUGGGAAACCUAAAGUUCUGGAUGUCCUUGACUGUACUGGUAGUGGGGAUGUUGACACGUCCACUGUGGUGAAGGCUGAUGCAGAUGGCUGCAUUUGUGGAGCUUCAGGAGCACCGUUGGUUGUGAAUUCUUCAUGGAAGAAUCCGUCCGGGGAGUGGCAUGUCGGUUGUAAACUGGUUUACGAGCUAUUUACUAAAGAUUUGACAUCCCGUCUGAAGAAAGAGAGGAAGAAAAUGUGGGAUGAAAAGAAUCAGGAAGCAAUAGCUAAAGCUGUAAAGGAUCUCUCAGAAUUUGAACAGAAACAUACAAAGUUGGAAGAUCCACACCUGAAAAGGUUGCGUGAAGACCUCCAGAGCAGGGUAGACUUCCUACAAAAGGGAACUAAUAGUUACAAUGAUAAAGGGCCUGUAAUUGACGCUGUUGUAUGGAAUGAUGGGGAAUUAUGGAGGGUUGCUCUGGACACUCAAAGUCUUGAGGAUGAACCGGGCAAGGGGAAACUUGCAGAUUUUGUUCCCCUCACGAACUAUAGGACUGAAAGGAAGUUUGGCAUAUUCAGCAAACUAGAUGCUUGUUCAUUUGUGACUAAUGUGUAUGAAGAAGGGAAUGUCUUAAGCAUUGUAACUGAUUGCUCACCUCAUGGAACUCAUGUUGCAGGGAUUGCCACAGCUUACCACCCCCAGGAGCCCUUGUUGAACGGAGUUGCACCAGGAGCUCAGAUCAUUUCAUGUAAGAUUGGCGACGCCCGCUUAGGUUCAAUGGAGACAGGGACAGGCUUGACUCGAGCUCUCAUUGCAGCUGUGGAGCACAAAUGUGAUCUUAUCAACAUGAGUUAUGGUGAAGCUUCGUUACUGCCAGAUUAUGGUCGCUUUGUUGACCUAGUUAAUGAGGCUGUCGAUAAGCAUCACUUGGUAUUUAUUAGUAGUGCUGGAAAUGAGGGGCCAGCUUUGAGCACCGUAGGAGCACCAGGGGGUACCACGUCAAGCAUCAUUGGAAUUGGUGCUUAUGUUUCUCCUGCAAUGGCAGCAGGAGCUCAUUGUGUUGUUGAGCCUCCAAGUGAAGGGCUGGAGUACACAUGGUCUAGUCGUGGGCCAACUGCAGAUGGAGAUCUUGGUGUCUCUGUAAGUGCUCCAGGCGGGGCUGUAGCACCUGUUCCAACAUGGACCCUUCAAUGUCGAAUGCUCAUGAAUGGAACCUCAAUGUCAUCUCCAUGUGCUUGUGGUGGAGUUGCAUUACUCAUUAGCGGAAUGAAGGCUGAGGGUGUUCAUGUUAGUCCUUAUAGUGUGAGGAAGGCUAUUGAAAACACAUGUGUUCCCAUAAGUAGUUCUCCGGAGGAGAGACUAACCACAGGGAUGGGACUUAUGCAAGUUGAUAGGGCAUUUGAAUAUAUCAGACAAUCAAGUGACAUUCCUUCUGUUUCGUACGAAGUGAAAGUCAAUUUAUCUGGAAAGUCAACACCUACAUAUCGAGGCAUCUACUUGAGAGAGGCUAGUGCCUGCCAACAGGCUGCAGAGUGGACAGUCCAAGUUGCUCCAAAAUUCCACGAGGAUGCGAGUAAGUUAGAUGAUUUAGUUCCCUUUGAGGAGUGUAUAGAAUUGCAUUCCAGUGACACUACUGUUGUCAGGGCUCCUGAGUAUCUGUUCCUAACUCAUAAUGGGCGUAGCUUCAACGUGAUUGUUGAUCCCACAAAUCUUGAAACUGGGUUACAUUAUUUUGAAGUCUAUGGAAUUGAUAGCAAAGCACCUUGGCGUGGUCCUCUUUUCAGAAUUCCUGUGACAAUCACGAAGCCCGUGGCUGUGAUAAAUUGUCCGCCUGUGAUUUCUUUCACGGGCAUGCAAUUUUGCCCAGGUCAUAUAGAACGGAGAUAUAUUGAAGUACCUCUUGGUGCUACAUGGGUCGAGGCAACCAUGCGAACAUCUGGGUUUGAUACAUCUCGCAGAUUUUUUGUCGAUUCUGUACAGCUUUCUCCGCUUAAAAGAUACAUGAAAACAGAAAGUGUGGUCACAUUCUCAUCUCCGUCAGCUCAGAAUUUUUCCUUUGCUGUAGAGGGUGGUAGGACAAUUGAAUUUGCUGUAGCUCAGUUUUGGUCAAGUGGAGUAGGAAGUCAAGAAACAACAACUGUGGACUUUGAGAUUGCUUUUCAUGGUUUCAAAAUAAAAAACGAGGAAAUAAUUCUUGGUGGGAGUGAAGCUCCGACAAGAAUAGAUGUUGGAAGCCUGCUAUCAUCUGAGAAACUUUUCCCUUCAGCUACUCUAAAAAAGGUUAGAAUUCCGUUACGACCAGUAACGACAAAACUCCGAGCUCUUCCAACAAGUCGGGACAAAUUACCAUCGGGGAAGCAGAUUUUAUCCCUUACGUUAACUUACAAGUUUAAACUUGAGGCUGGAGCUGAGAUUAAGCCUUAUAUCCCUUUACUUAACAACCGCGUUUACGAUACAAAGUUUGAGUCUCAAUUCUAUGUGAUCUCAGAUGCAAACAAGCGUGUUUAUGCCUCGGGUGACGUCUACCCAGAAGCUGCAAGUGUGCCAAAGGGUGAACUUACAUUGCAAUUAUAUUUAAGGCAUGACGACGUGCAGCUAUUGGAAAAAAUGAAGACUAUGGUAAUAUUUAUUGAGAGGACUUUGGACAACAAGGAAGUCAUCCAGUUGAGCUUUUAUUCUCAACCUGACGGCCAUGUGACAGGAAAGGGCAGCUUCCAGUCUUCAAUAUUGGUUCCAGGAUCAGAAGAAGCUUUCUAUGUUGGUCCUCCAUCCAAGGAAAAACUUCCAAAGAAUUGUCCUGAGGGAUCGUUGCUGGUUGGAGCAAUUUCAUACGGGAGGGUAUCUUUUUCCGGUGAGAAAAAUGGAGGAGACCCUGAAAAGAACCCUGUUCCUUAUCAGAUAUAUUAUGUGGUCCCUCCCAAUCAGCCUGUUGAAGAUAAAAAGGAUCUUUCAGUAUCAGCUAGCAAGACUGUAGCUGAGCGGAUCGAGGAAGAGGUUAGAGAUGCGAAGAUGAAAGUUUUGACAAGCCUGAAGCAAAGCAGUGAUGAAGAGCGUGAAGAAUGGAAAAAAUUAUCCGAAUCAUUAAAGUCUGAAUAUUCGAGAUACACUCCAUUACUUGCGAAGAUCUUGGAGGGUCUGCUUUCUCAAACUAACAUUGAAGACAAAUGUUCCCACUUGGAAGAGGUUAUUGAUGCAGCUGAUGAGGUGAUUGAUAGCAUUGACAGAGACGAGCUGGCAAAAUUUCUUUCACAGAAGACUGUUCCUGAAGAUGAUGAGGAAGAGAAAACCAAGAAGCAAAUGGAGACAACGCGAGACCAGUUAGCCGAGGCACUUUACCAAAAGGGUGUAGCUUUAUCCGAAAUUGAAUCAUUGAAGGCAGAAAGUGUUGCAGCGGAUUUGGCAAGUGAUCAGGUUGGAACUCCUUCGGAUGAUUCAUUUGAAGCAACAUACAAGGAACUAAGGAAGUGGGCGGAUGUAAAGACCGCCAAGUAUGGAACUCUCUCUGUGAUUCGAGAAAGACGUUGCAGAAGGCUGGGAACAGCUCUUAAGGUGUUGAACGACAUGAUUAAUGAUGAUGAGCAGCCUGCAAAGAAGAAACUGUAUGAUCUCAAACUGUCCUUGAUUGAAGAGAUUGGAUGGGACCACGUAGCUACAUAUGAACGACAAUGGAUGCACGUCCGCUUCCCACAAAGCUUGCCUCUCUUCUAAGGUUGUUACUUCUUAGUUUGCUUAGUUCUUAACCAUUUGUUUCUAUUUAGGUUCCUACCUAUGAAUUGAAUAUGUAAGGAAGUUGCAUUGCAUCCCCUUUAAUAAAGGCAUGCUAAUUGUUUGUGUUCUGAUAGAUAAAUUGUUAAUACAAGGCAUUCCAGCUUUUCCCACGUAAUAAAAAUCAUGCUUAUUGAAA